AUGGGAACAGAAAACAAGACAGAAGUAACAGAAUUUGUGCUGCUGGGAUUGUCUCAGACACGUGAAGUGCAAUGCUUCCUCUUUUUCCUCUUCCUCCUUUUCUAUGUCAUUGUCCUUCCAGUAAACAUUCUCAUCAUCCUCACAGUCAGGGGAGAUCCACAGUUGGACUCCCCAAUGUACUUUUUCCUAGCUAAUCUGGCUUUCCUGGAUAUCUGCUACUGUUCUAUUACUCCACCUAAGAUGCUGGCUGAUUUAUUCUCACAACAGAAGACCAUCUCUUCUAGAAGCUGCAUAGCACAGCUUUUCUUCCUCCACUUCUUUGGUGGAGCUGAGAUCUUCCUGCUCAUAGCUAUGGCUUUUGACAGGUAUGUGGCUAUCUGUAAGCCUCUUCAUUAUACAACCUUAAUGAGGAAAAUGCUCUGUUGGGUCUUGGUGGGGACAGCAUGGGCUGGAGGAUUCACACAUUCAGUCAUCCAGGUUGCAUUUGUUGUUCAUCUUCCCUUCUGUGGCCCCAAUGAACUGGACAACUUCUUUUGUGAUGUUACACAAGUGAUUAAGUUAGCAUGUACCAACACUUACAUACUGGAGUUUAUCAUGUUUGUCAACAGUGGCCUAGUCAUCGUUAUAUGUUUCAUUCUUCUGCUGAUUUCCUACGGUGUCCUACUAAUCCAUCUGAAAACAGGCGUCUCCAGAGGGAAGAGCAAAGCAGCAUCUACCUGCACUACCCACAUCAUUAUUGUCUUUGUUAUGUUUGGACCAGCUAUAUACAUCUAUUGCCGGCCUUUCUGCAGCUUGCCCCUGGACAAGGUGGUGGCUGUGUUCCACACCAUGGUUUUUCCCCUCGUGAACCCCAUGAUCUACACCCUGAGGAACAGGGAGAUCCUCAGUGCCAUGAAACGUUUGUUGCUGCAGUACUUUCUGGGGAGAGGGAAAUAG